CUCGGCGAUGCAACCAGUUGAACUUGAAGCAACAAGAAUGUCAGGAAUGUAUCCAGUCUUUGAAUGUACAGCAUGUAUAGCUGAGCAUGAGGCUAUGUAGCAGCGCUGCUUUGUCAUCCUUCUGCGGUUGCAAGAUGCCAAAUGCUUUUUCUGAAUCUCAAGCGUCAUGUAACUUUCUUUCAAUCUCCCCAGCGAAUCGUGCUUUGCGCAAUGCUGAGCUCCAUCUCUUUCGACGGCUUGUCGGCGCCACUGGGCCAAUUUGGUGGCAUUGCCCAUUUGCAAUGCACCAGAAGCAGGAUCUCUCCUUCGCCAGGCUUGAAUGCAGCCAUAUCAAGCCAGAGCACAUGCCCUGUCAGAAUACCCAGCCAAUCAUCAGAAAGCCCUUACUACGUAGAUGAACAGUUGGUGAAGUCCAUCUUAGCAAGGAACUGGUUUCUGAAGCAUCCCCACAGCAGAGUUGAUAAAGUCAAGAUACAGGAAGCCUCAGACGAGAGCAAAGUGUCUGAAACCAACAAUGGAGGAGUUCCAGAAGGGCCCCCCUCAACCCCAGCCCUAUCUCAGCUCAAAUACAGUCCCACCCAAUCUUGCAUUGCUGACAUAGAGCCGCUGCACAAGUACAGCGUCAGCAAGGGUCGCAGGAAUCCAUUCGAAAGCGAAGAGGAUGCCUGUGCAGAUGAUCAGGACAGUCAAAUUGGUCUUUUCAGUGGUUCGGAAAGAGGCAAAGUGGCCCCCAACUUCUUUGUAGUCAGGGAUGACCUGCUUCACCCGCUAAUGGGGGGGAACAAGAUGCGGAAGCUGGACGCACUCGUACCGCAGCUGCAAGGGGAGGGGGUUACUGACGUGAUCACUUGUGGAGGCAUGCAGAGCGCUCAUACUGCAGCUGUAGCUGUCGCUUGCGCCGAGAGUCAAAUGACCGCGCACCUUUUGCUCCGAGGCGAACGCCCGCAAAUCUUAACGGGCUACACGCUGGUCUGCCACAUGUAUGGGCACGUGACAUACGUCCCUCGGUCGGAGUACGCUGACCGGGACGCGAUGUUCGCCAAGCACGUGGACAGGCUGUCGAAGCGGGGGCCCGGAAAGGUCGGCGUGAUCAAGGAAGGCGCUGGAGACGCAUUCGCACUUCUCGGCCUGAUCCGCCUUGUCGACCACCUCCGCUCGUUGCCCGAGUUCCGGGGCGCUGAUCCGUUGGACAUUGUGGUUGACAGCGGAACCGGAACCACAGCCGUAGGCAUGGCCCUUGGCGCAGCUUUACUGGGUCUGCCAUGGACCGUCUCUGGUAUCAUGCUGGCAUCCGGGACAGACUACUACACGUGUCAGCAGGAGCACCUGUUGCACGAGUUCUGGGCUGGACACGUGGGAACGAAAACAGCGCCGCCACGUCUCCAGCUGGAGUGGAUUGAGCGAGAGACACCACGCAAGUUCGGCAAAGUCUUCAGCGAGGAGUUCGCCACGUGCCAGGGUAUCGCUCGUCAGACCGGGAUUCUCAUGGACCCAAUUUACACCUUGGCUGGAUGGGAAGUGGCCGAAAGGAAAGCUGUUCAAGCCUUGGAGGAGUCUAGAGAAAGCAAAGCCCGCGAAAGUCGAAAGGUGGUCUACUUGCACACCGGAGGGACGCUUGGACUGUUUGGUCUUGCACAAAGAUACCCGUCAGCAAUUUAAGUAACCUAGUUGAUGGCCAUCCAUAAUUUGCAGCUCAGCCCCCAAAUGUUGAUAGGAUGACAUAUGUACCACAUCGAAUCUGAUUGUGGUUGAAGCAAUAAUCAAAUCUGUAUAAUUUGCAAAACAGAGAUUGUUAAGAAGACUGUAUCAUAUGUGUAGGAGCUUUAGGUAGGAUCUGGAAGUUCUUUCAGAUAGCCAAUUAUCCAAUGAUAUGACCUCCGAGCGGGAUCGGACAAACCAAGCGCAGCCUGCAUGAUUGAACAACUAAGUACAUAUGCCUUGGAUUCUCAAGUUUAUGAAGAACAGAAAUCAAGCUAGUUCAGUUAAGGCGCGAUUGCGGUUUACGAGGCUUGUUGAAACAAUCAAGUCACUGAGAGGUUUCGAGUCAAGUUCCAAGCGGCAAGCUCAACUGU